CCGAGUCCAAGUCCGAAACUGAGUCCGUAGCCAAGUGGAGAGUCUAGAGCCAACGAGUUAUCCGUGCAGUCAGCGACACUAGCAGUCGUUUGUGAGCGUUCGCAGCGCAAGGUACUCUUUAAGUUUCCUGGCGCAUUCGAACCAUAACUGUGACUGAACAGCACAAGCCAAAGCAAAAGUUAAAGCCAAGUCAACAGACCGAAGCAAAGACACAGUCAAUGUGCAAACGAAACCAACCAAAUAAUUAACCAAAAAAACAAAAAAAAAAAAAGAAAACGAAAGAAAACAAACAAAAAAUCAAGUUGAAUAAGAAACGUUGCAAGGCGAGCUAAAGCGAGAGAAAACAAUUGGACAAAGCGCGACAAGCCAAAAAGUGCUAAAAAUGUGCGCCUCGCUGCGUCGUAAUUUGUUGCUGCAGAGCCUUUGGGCCGCCGUUGUGCUUCUUGGCAAUGUGCAGGCCGCCUCGCCGCGCUGGGAGCCACAGAUAGCGGUGCUUUGUGAAGCCGGACAAAUCUAUCAGCCGCAAUAUCUAUCCGAGGAGGGACGUUGGGUAACGGACCUCAGCAAGAAGACAACGGGCGCCACAUGUUUGCGUGAUAAAAUGGAUUUACUUGAUUACUGCAAGAAGGCUUAUCCCAAUCGAGAUAUUACCAAUAUUGUGGAGUCGUCACACUAUCAGAAGAUUGGGGGCUGGUGUCGCCAGGGUGCACUGAAUGCGGCCAAGUGCAAGGGAGCCCAUCGCUGGAUCAAGCCAUUCCGUUGCCUGGAAGGACCAUUCCAAUCGGACGCGCUGUUGGUGCCGGAGGGUUGCCUCUUUGACCACAUCCACAAUGCGUCUCGCUGCUGGCCAUUCGUGAGGUGGAAUCAAACUGGAGCAGCUGCCUGCCAGGAGCGGGGUAUGCAGAUGCGAAGCUUUGCCAUGUUGUUGCCCUGCGGCAUUUCGCUCUUCUCGGGCGUCGAGUUCGUCUGCUGCCCCAAGCACUUUAAAACCGAUGAGAUACGCGUGAAGAAGACCGAUUUACCUGUGAUGCCGCCAGCGCAGUUGAACAAUAACAACAACAACAACAACAAUAACAACAUCAACAGUAACAGCAACAACAACAACAACAAUGCAAAUGCCAAUGCCAAUGUCAAUGCCAAUGUCAACGAUGAGCUCAGUGUGAAUGAGGACGAGGACAGCAACGACUCCAACUACUCGAAGGACGCCAACGAUGAUGAGCUGGACGAUGAGGAUGAUCUGAUGGGCGAUGACGAGGAGGAUGAAAUGGUUGCCGAUGAGGCAGCAACAGUUGGCGGCACUGGAGCAGCCAGCGAUGCCAACAGUGGUGCCCUCGAUGACAUCAAUGCGGAGUACGACAGCGGCGAGGAUGGCGACAAUUACGAGGAGGAUGGCGCCGGAUCGGACAGCGAAGUUGCCGGCAUUGCCGAUGCCUGGGAUCAAAAUGGCAGCUCUAGCGGUGCCAAGCCGCCAUUGCCAGCACUCAAAGCUCCGUCCAUGUCCAUGUCCAUGUCCAUGUCAUCAUCCUCAUUCUCGUCUUCGUCGCCAGCAAGCCUUACAGCUGCUGAACAGGCGGGCAACAAGCCACAACAAGGUGCACUGAAACCGGAACUUGCCACAACAACUCCACAAUUAUCGGCUGCUGCUGCCGCUGCUGCCGCUGCUGCUGCUGCCUCAUCGGCUGCUGCUGCGGCUGCCAUUGCUGGCGUCGCAGUGGGCGCACCACCAUCGACGGCACAGCCCACCUCGGAUCCGUAUUUCACCCACUUUGAUCCCCACUACGAGCAUCAGAGCUACAAAGAAGCCCAACAGCGCCUUGAGGAAUCGCAUCGCGAGAAGGUCACACGGGUCAUGAAGGACUGGUCCGAUCUUGAGGAGAAAUAUCAGGAUAUGCGUCUCGCCGAUCCAAAGGCAGCACAGAGUUUCAAGCAGCGCAUGACGGCACGCUUCCAGACUUCUGUUCAGGCACUCGAGGAAGAAGGCAACGCCGAGAAGCAUCAACUGGCGGCGAUGCACCAACAACGUGUCCUGGCCCAUAUCAAUCAGCGCAAGCGCGAAGCCAUGACCUGCUACACUCAGGCCCUCACGGAGCAGCCGCCAAAUGCCCAUCAUGUCGAGAAGUGUCUGCAGAAGCUGUUGCGUGCCCUUCACAAGGAUCGUGCUCAUGCCCUCGCCCAUUAUCGCCAUCUGUUGAACUCCGGCGGACCAGGUGGCCUCGAGGCGGCUGCUUCUGAGCGACCAAGGACUCUGGAGCGAUUGAUUGAUAUCGAUCGUGCGGUUAAUCAGUCGAUGACCAUGCUCAAGCGUUAUCCAGAGUUGUCGGCCAAGAUUGCUCAGCUGAUGAACGAUUACAUUUUGGCGUUGCGCAGCAAGGAUGACAUUCCCGGCUCAUCCCUUGGCAUGAGCGAGGAGGCGGAGGCUGGCAUACUGGACAAGUAUCGCAUCGAGAUUGAGCGCAAGGUGGCCGAAAAGGAGCGUCUGCGUCUCGCCGAAAAGCAGCGCAAGGAGCAACGUGCUGCCGAGCGUGAGAAGCUGCGCGAGGAGAAGCUGCGCAUGGAGGCAAAAAAGGUCGAUGACAUGCUCAAGUCGCAGGCGGCUGAGCAGCAAUCCCAGCAACAGUCGCAGCAGCAAUCCCAGCAACAGCAACAACAACAACAACAACAGCAGCAACAACUGCAGGACAAGAGCAUCAAUAGCAAGGAGCUGAGCAUGGAGGGAGGCGGCGGUCUGGUAACCGCAUCCAAUCUCAACCUCGACACCACAAAGAGCGAGAAGGAGCUGGCCGAUGCCGAGUAUGCUGAGGCCACGGUCAGCACCAAGGUGCAGACCGUAUUGCCAACGGUAGAUGACGAUGCCGUACAGCGGGCGGUUGAGGAUGUGGCUGCCGCAGUGGCCCAUCAGGAGGCUGAGCCGCAGGUGCAGCACUUCAUGACCCACGAUCUGGGACAUCGUGAAUCGAGCUUCUCGCUGCGACGCGAAUUCUCGCAUGCGCACGCGGCUAAGGAGGGGCGCAAUGUCUAUUUCACGCUCUCCUUUGCCGGCAUCGCCCUAAUGGCGGCCGUUUUUGUGGGCGUGGCCGUUGCCAAGUGGCGAACAUCACGUUCGCCGCACGCGCAGGGCUUUAUUGAGGUGGAUCAGAAUGUGACCACACAUCAUCCCAUCGUGCAGGAGGAGAAAAUUGUACCCAAUAUGCAAAUCAAUGGGUACGAGAAUCCAACCUACAAAUAUUUCGAAGUGAAAGAGUAAAAAACUAGAGAAACAGAAAAAUUAAUAAAUAAUACAUAAAAGUUAAAUCAACAAAAUGCAUGCACCUAAGAAAAAAGCAAGAAGAUGAAGAAAAGCAAAGAGCAUGGCACAUCAAUAAUACAACUUAAAAAAAUUUAAAACAAAAAAAGACAGAUUAAGAAAUACAAAAAGUAAAUGAAAUUAACAUAAAACAAAAUAAGAACAAACUUUUUUUUUCGUCUAAAGGAGCUCAGUUCCGCAACGUACGUGAAAUGUAAUGCAUCUACAUAUAUAAUAAAUUUAAAUGAAAGGCAAGAAUAUAAAACAAGCAAUUAAAUUUAAGUAUUUAAAUGUUUAACAAAAAAUGCAGUAAGCCAACAAACAUCUCUCUAGCUCUCUCCCUUUCUCACACUCUGAACGUAAGAAAAAAUGCUUCAAAUGAAAUUGUAAACAGAAAAUGCGCGAGGAUCUUGAAAUCGUGCAACAAACACA